AUGGAGGCAAUGGCAACCAUGUACCAACGAGUCCUCGGUCUCUUCGGGACUCCUGCGUUCCUCCUCUUCGCCCCCACCGCCAAGUUCAUGAGCCAUCCAGAUGCGGGGUCCAUGUCAAUAUCAACACCGACGUCAUGGAACGGCUCGAUCGACGACUUUAUCGCCUGGGAGCGCCCCAUCGCCCUAGCAAAUAUCCUGUGUAACAUCGGCCCCGAUUGCGUCCAUGACCAAACCGUCAGCCCCGGCGUGGUUCUCGCAUCCCCGAGCAAGGUAGAUCCGGAUUACUUUUACACGUGGACGCGGGACGCCGCCCUAGUUUUCAAAGGACUCGUCGAGAUCUUUGCCGAAAAUCCGACAGCCUCCACGGCGCUGCAGACCGAGAUCCACAACUACAUCCUCACCCAGGCACAGCUCCAGACCCUAGAGAAUCCUUCGGGUAGCCUAAGAGACGGGGCCGGCCUCGCGGAACCCAAAUUCGGAGCUGACCUUAGCCCCUUUGCGGAAAACUGGGGCCGUCCCCAGCGCGACGGUCCUCCGCUUCGGGCCAUCGCGCUCAUCGGUUACGCUAACUGGCUCUUGGAGCAGGGUGACGUCGAGUCGGCGUUGGAAAGGGUCUGGCCAGUUAUUCAAAACGACCUGAGCUAUGUCGUCCAGUAUUGGUAUUCAUUCCUCUCUCUCGUAGUUCCCGCAUUCCUACUCGUGUGGUCAACAGGGUGUGAAAAUACUGACAAGGCUGUUUCCACCAGGAAUAGAACUGGUUUCGAUCUAUGGGAGGAAGUUCGAGGCAGCUCUUUCUUUACCACAGCAAACCAAUAUCGUGCUCUUGUCGAGGGAAGUUCCCUCGCCAAGGCACUCGGCUUCUCAUGUCCGCAUUGCGACAUGGUGAGCCCCCAGAUUCUUUGCUUCAUGCAAGACUACUGGUCUCCCACCCAAGGCCAUGUCCUAUCCAACACCCUCUCCACGCACAAGAUCCUAGCCGAUGCCUUCCGACACGAACGUCUACUUUGGCGGCCACCCUGGUACCUGGCCACCCUUGCCGCCGCCGAGCAAAUGUACGAUGCACUCUACGUCUGGCAGCAGGAUGGCCGCAUGGACGUCACCGAGACUAGCCUGCCUUUCUUCCGCGACUUCUCCCCUGCGCUCGGCACGGGGACGUACUUGAACAACUCGGCCGAAUUCGGCAUCAUUAUGAAUGCAGUAACGCACUACGCAGAUGGCUUCCUACAGAUCGUCGCUGACCACGUUCAUCCCAACGGGUCCAUCGCAGAGCAGUUCACCCGAGACGAGGGGACGCCCACUUCGGCGCGAGACUUAACGUGGUCUUAUGGGGCACUCCUGUCGGCUAUCGCCAGAAGAGACAAGCAGAUGCCUCGUGAGUGGCUUCCAAUUGGGACCGACAUCCCGCAGACAUGUGCCCCCAUCUCCAUCAUUGGGUACUAUGCAAGCGCAAACCCAUCCCAUUUCCCCUCUCCGGCACAAGACUUAGAAACAAACCUUCCCAAGGCGAACUUAUUGCCAGAGGGUUCAUGCCCGCCAACGCGCUAUGUUGUUGUCAGGUUCGAUGUUCGUGCGCGCACCUCGUGGGGCCAGAAAAUCCGAAUGGUCGGGGACCAAGACAUCCUCGGCUCCUGGGACCCUCGCCUCGGGGUUGACCUAGAUGCCUCAACGUACACAGAAAAGGAUCCUGUUUGGAGUGUCUCGAUGGUCCUGGUGGCGGGUCAUACGCUCAAAUACAAGUUUGUCCGUGUAAGCACAGAUGGCGACCAGGUUGAGUGGGAAAACGAUCCCGACCGAACGUACUCGGCGCCGACCAAAUGCAACACAGCUGAUGUUGUUUCGGAGGCAUGGCAAUGA